UAAUAAUAAUAAUAAUAAUAAUAAUAAUAAUAAUAAUAAUAAUAAUAAUAAUAAUAAAAUAAUAAUAAUAAAAUAAAAUAAUUACGACCGAAGGGUUUGUUCGAUGUGAAAUAAAGUUAAAUAGUAAAAGACGUGCUGUAGUAGUAGGGGUAAUGCAAUGGAGUAGCGUGUGUGGGUUUUAAAAAGUGGAAAAUCAACAAAAAAUUAAAAAAAGGGGGAAGAAGAAGAAAAAAAAAUAGAAAAAAAUCUUUCGUACCUUCUUCUUCUUCUUCUUCUUCUUCUUCUUCUUCUUUUUCUUCUUCUUCUUCUUCGUCUUCUUCUUCUUCGUGCAUACGUGUGGGGGGGGUGGGUGUACGCAUACAUAUGUAUAAUACGUGCGCGUAUAAGUGCGUGAUCGCGCGCGUACACGUACAUAAUUUUCACUCGAGACUUAAACGGUGAAUUAUACUACCACUUCGCUCAAAGAGAAUCAGCCGACACUCGUGGGGGAAAUUCGAGGAGAUCCGGCGGCCUGCCUUCGACAGCUGACGUCAUUACUGUACACAAUGCGCUAGGGGUGAUGGAGACAGUGGGCAAACAGGUCCAAGUAGUGAGUGGACUGGGGGUGGGGGGCCCAGUGGGCCCGGUCGGCCCAGUGGGGGGAGACCUGCACCACCAUCACCAUCCUCACCCCCAUUCGCAUCCACCGCACCCGCACUCCCACCCCCACGGUCAUCCCCAUGGGAGUCACGGGCAUUCUCUCGUUGGCGCUACGUCGACGGGCCCUGGUAGGGCUCAGGCUCAGCCAGCGGUCUCGCAUAACCAACAUUUGCCAUCGAGAUCCACCCCCGUACAAAUGCACAGGCCGACGCAGAAUUACGUGAACAUCAAGAGCAGCAGUAGUCCAGUAUCACCGAGGACGGCCGGUGCAGGAACAACGUAUGUCCAAGGCGGUGCAGCAGCAGCAUCGUCGGCGGCUGCUGCAACGGGAGGAAGCGGUGCCACGAGCUCGGCUGCGGCGUCAGGUCCAUCGAAUAGCAGCAAUAACAGCGGCGGCGUUGGCGUCGGCGUUGGUGUCGGUGGCGUCGGCGUCGGCGUCGGCGGCGUCGGCGUUGGCAGCGUCGGCGUCGGCGUCGUUAACGUUGGCGGUGGUGGUGGUGGCGGCGGUGGUGGCAGCACCGUCAGCGCCGGAGUGGGAGGAGUGAGCGUGGUAGCGCCGCCUGUGGUAGGAAGUGGAAACAACGGGAAUGGCGGCAACUGUACGGGUGGUGGUGGAGGAGGAGGUGCUGGAGGUGGUGGUGUUGUUAACAGCAACAACAACGGUGGAAAUGUCAGUGGUGGCGGGAGUGGUGGAUCAGGGUCCAGCGGAAAUCCAAAUGGUAGUGGUGGAGGUGGCGGCGUUGGCGGUGGCGGUGGCGGUGGCGGUGGCGGUACUGGUGGUGGUGGUGGCGGCGGCGGUGGCGGCGGUGGCGGUGCACCGAUCGGUUACGUCGCUGUACCAAUACCAGGUGGUUUACGAUACAUCCAUCCUUAUCCACAAACUUCAUCGACGGUAUCAUCUGGCUCGGUAGCAUCAUCGUUUUCAGCAGCCGUAGCUGCGGUGGUCGCUAACUCGAGCCCAGCAGUAGCUGCCACGGUCACUGUUGCCGCCGCGGCUGCUAUCGCUGCCGGAUCUGUACCGCCCACCUCUGUACCCGCCACUGCAUCUCCCGCUAGCAUCAGUCAAACACCACCGCCUCCUACGGGAACCGGAUAUGUUUCCAGGGACGCCUAUCGCGGCGCCACUAUAAACGUGAACGAGAGGAUUGCUACAAGCGUGAGCAGUAGUCCAUUAUCACAAGUUGGAAUCGGUGUUGGUGUAGUUGCUGCCGAAUAUGGAGCCGCGGGUGGUAGUAUAAAUAGCGGUAUGGGAAGUGGUAGAGGAGAAAGACCGAGGAUGUCCCUGUUGUCAUCGGCAUCGGUUGCACCCGCACCAUCGCCAACUGCGGCAUCGGAUUAUCAGCACAUGCCAGGUGCGAGGAAUCCAAGAGUAGGCCUUAUACCUGUCCAAUCGGAUCAGUAUUGUAGCCGUACUGCCGUUGAGAUGGCAACGUUACAAGAGGCGCCGCCAUUUAAAAAGAUACGCCUUGGCCCACCAACACAGGUUCAGAUACAAUCGCAAUCACAGUCACGAUGUCAGAGUCUUCCACCGGCUGAUGCUUGCAUCAAACAAGAACAUGUAGUACCCUUGCAACAACCAUUAAGGAUAGACACUAGGCCUGCCACAGGUGCUUAUACACCUCAAACAGAGGCAAUCUCACCAACGCUUCCAGAGCCCAAUACGCAAGAAGAUGCACAGUUCCGAAGUACCAAGGACGAUCUUUUACAGCAGAUCGGUAAAGUCGAUAGGGAGAUUGCCAAGAGGGAAUCUCAGAUCAGUAAGCUUCGGAAAAAGCUUAAGGAAUUGGAGGAAACGGCGAAUAAACCUUUGGAGGCCAGUGGUCUUAAGCGGCAAAUCGAAGAACAGUCGCAACAACCAAAGCAUCAGUCAUUGGCGCAAAAAAUUUAUGCGGAGAAUAGAAGAAAAGCGGAAGAAGCGCAUAGACUUUUAGAAAGAUUGGGUCCUAAGGUGGAGCUGCCAUUAUAUAAUCAGCCAUCGGAUACUAGUGUAUAUCAAGAAAAUCGUACGAGGCAUCAAACGUGUAUGAGAGCGAAAUUAAUAGCAAGAUUACGAAGGGAGCAUGCCGAGAGAGCGUCUCUUCACAGGCAGCAGUCUCAAUCUUAUGCGAUUCUCGUUCAGGAAUGGCAUCGUAAGGUUGAACGGUUAGAAGCAACUCAAAAAAGAAAAUCGAAAGAAGCGAAGAACCGUGAAUUUUUCGAAAAGGUAUUCCCUGAAUUGAGAAAGCAAAGAGAAGACAAGGAACGUUUCAACAGGGUUGGCGCUCGUAUUAAGAGCGAAGCUGAUCUUGAAGAAAUAAUGGAUGGUCUUCAAGAGCAAGAGAUGGAAGACAAGAAGAUGCGUUCGUACGCGGUCAUACCACCUCUACUUUUGGAUACUAAACAACGAAGGAUCGCAUUUCAAAAUCGUAAUGGUUUACUCCAAUUAGAAGAAUUGGAAGCUUUACAUAGUGAAAGAAAAUUGAUAAACGUUUGGAGUUCGGUAGAGCAUGAACUGUUCAAAGAAAAGUACUUGCAGCAUCCGAAAAAUUUCGGUGCGAUAGCUCAGUCUUUAGAACACAAGUCCGUUCCAGAUUGUGUACAUCACUACUACCUCACUAAGAAAGCUGAAAAUUAUAAACGGUUGCUACGGAGAUCUAGACAAAGGACACGUAGUUCCCGUAACAAUCCUAAUAAUAAGGUUAAUAAUAGUAAUUCUACUAUUGGACCUAUCGACAUAUUGACAACGGGAGUUACCACAAGGCUGCAACGUGAGCAGCAACAAAAGACGCAGGAAAAUCCUCAGAAUAAUAAUACGACAGCAGCGGCUACGACGACUACGACGACGACGACGACAACAACAACAACAACGUCUACGACAACAACGACGACGACGUCAUCUUCGACGUCGAGUAUAUCGACUGGUACAACGACGUCGUCGUCGUCGUCGACGAAUACGUCGUCGUCGUCGUCGUCAUCGUCGUCGGCAUCGUCGUCGACGGCGGUAACGACAACGGCGACAGCAACGGUGGCGACGACAACGUCGACGACGACGACGACAGGUGCGGGUCAAAGUUCAGUGACCUUGAGUACGAAUAUGUCUACCGAUUCUAUCGCGACAGUAACGACAACGUUAACCACUGCAACGACGACGACGACUUCGACAGCGACGACGUCAACGACCACUUCGUUAAAUUCAAUCCUUAUGUCGAUCUUCUCAUCCUCGUCAUCAUCGACGACAUCGACCAGUACAAAGGAUACAAAAGAGAUCGGCAAAGAGAACAAAGAGAACAAAGGAGGGGAUAACAAAGAUUCCCAUGUCGUUAAAAUGGAAAUAAAAGAAGAAUCACAGUCUAGUUCGGAAACGCCAUCGAAUAAGGAUGUCAAAGUCAUAAUGGAAGGUAAAAACACGUUGUCGUCGUCGUCAUCGUCCUCGUUAAACGUCAACACCGCUAAUGUACCUGGCAUGCAGACCGAAUUCAAAGAUACGGGUAAAAAGAAAACGAGUUGUAGUAGAGAGACCACCGGUGGUAGCGGUGGUGGUGGUAAUAACGCGGCAGCUACUAGUAGGAUUAAGGAUAAAAAGAAGGAGAAUCAUGCCACCCCAAUGGAGACUAGUGACGAAGAAGCACAAUCCAUUGAUACUAUUGAAGGUGGCAGACAGAUCGGACCUCAUGCUUGUGCAAUUUGUCAAAAUGUGGUAGAAGGAAAUGCUCAAAGUCGUGCAUUACCACGCAGUCAAGCAUCCCAAUAUGGUUUAAGGGAGGAUCAAGUGGCACCAGGAGCACGAGUUUGCAACACCUGCAGGUGCAAAGCUGUACGAGGACGUUACACAGCUUGUCCCCUACCGGGUUGUCCUAAUCUCAAUAAUACCAGUUCCAAGACACGAGUGAAACGAUUACGCGCACUUCCAGCCAAAUGGCUCGAUUUGCCAUCUGAAAUUAGAGAACCCAUUAUUCAAGAAUUUCAGAUACCCAACAGCGCUACCAAGUGUUGUUCAGCUUGUUUCAAUCGGAUAUCACGACGUUUGGCACCACAUUUGGCAGGUGGUACCGAAAUCUCCGAAGAUGGGACCGAUUUGUUGGCAAGACAAUGGACGGAUGAGGAAUUGGAUCAAUUGAAGAGAGCUUUGCGCGAACACGGUACUAAUUGGCCAAAAGUGGCCGAACAAAUCCCUGGAAAGACGAAUCACCAGUGCAAAAAUUAUUAUUUUGCUUAUCGGAAAAAGUUGAGCUUGGAUCAGGUUGUAGCGGAAUAUUAUCAAUCAUUGGGUGAAGAACGAAGACCUUGUCUGACCGACGAGGAAGAAAGUGGUAGCAGUACGAGUAGUUGCGAUGAAUUAGCCGUGCAUGAUUCAAGCGACACAGCAAGUGCUGGAAGUCCGGCUAAUAAUAUAUCAGGCAAUACAACUGCACAAACCACAUCUUCGGGAUCAGCCUCAUUACCCAUAACCUUUUCACGAUCAACGGAUCCAAAAAUUGGUGAUAAACUCGCAGACAUAGCAGUCGUUUCUUUGGUACCACCAGUGAGCAUUGGAUCAUCUCAACAAUCUUCGGUCAGUGGUGGUGGUAAUGGUACUAUCGUGUCAGCGGGCAAUAGAGAAGAUUACGAUAGUUCUGCCACGGAGACGGCGGACGAAGGUCAGGGAGGUGCUGAUUUGGACAAUAAUAGUGUCGUAGUGACGCUUACUACUGCCAGCAAUACCAAUUCUUCGUUGCAACAACAUCCGCAAGCACCACCCGUCGUACAUUCGCCACCUUCGACUACGAGUAACAAUCCUCUAACCGUCAAAGAUCUCAUGUUAGGCGUCAUUGAAAUGCAGUUAAAACGAAAUCCCAAUAGUCCAGCCGGUACUGGUGGUCUAUCCGUACCCGUUAAUUCCGGUACACCGACGAUAUCGAGUAUAUUAAAGACGGAUCAUCGGAACGAUAUUACCUUUGUACGCGAAUACAAGCCAUCGUCGAGUAUCGCAAGUACUGCCAUGUCGAACAGAGACUCUAAUUUAGCGACACUUUCCGUUGUUUCGAGUCAUCACAGUCAUCGUUCUGCACCCAGUCCUCAACAAAUCAGUCAAAUGCAAGCAACUAUCACUCCUUGUCCUCCAACAACGCUUAGUAAUCAAAGUUCAUCGUCGGAUUUGUUACCUAAGGAAGGCCUAGUCGUGAUGCAGGUACAACAGGCAUUACGCGAGACCGAGGGUACCCUGGAUUUGAGUAUUAAGAAGCCAAGACAACAGCAAGAAUACAAUCAUUCGAUGCAAACGAUUCACAAACCGUCGACGGUAACUCUGUAUCGUUCGGAACCACCACCGGGUGCUUAUUAUCAUCCUCAUGCUCAUCCCGAACAAGGACGUGGAGCUAAGAGCCCAUUGAUUUAUGGUUCGUCGCCGAGACCUCAAGCUCCUUUAACACCGAAGAUGAAUAAAGUAUCUGUACCGCCGCCUCAUCCGAAAUUGUCACCAAAGUUAGGUAACAUCGGUACGGCCACUCACAAAGGUGGAUCCAUAACUCACGGUACACCAGUUUCGAGUGCUCGUUACGAAGGUUUGCUCAGACAAAUGACACCUCCAGGUAAUCCGAGUGGCGGUGUCGGUACUACGAGCGGACCUACUGGUGGUAGUUCGGUGAAUACAUCGGGAAAUCAAGGUCCAAAAGACGCUGGUUCCAUAACCCAGGGCACGCCGGUUCAUCCGUUCACCGUAGAAAAACGUCCGCCUAUGUACGACUACCGUACGAUUCGACACUCACCUGUGACCACUGGUAACGUUCCUGGACAAGGUCAAGGCCAAUCGGUCACAGCCGCAGUAGUGGUCACUCAUAGCAAUCAAUAUAACUCGUAUUCGAGUCGACCACCGCCUAGCUACACGAUGGAACAGCAAUUGUCCUCGAGGCAGAUUAUCAUGAACGAUUACAUAACCAGCCAACAAAUGCACGCUCGUAGCCGUGGCAGCGGUGGUACCUCGGAAACCGCCGCUAAAAACGAGGCACCCUCGACCCUUUAUUAUACCGGUACUCCACCACCUCAAACGCACACUCAACCUCGUCAAGGAGUUAUCCAAAGGCAUAAUCCGCAAAAGCAAAUACAUUAUCCACCUCCGCCGCCAGGAUUAGAGGCCUUCUCCAGUCUGGUAGAUGUCGCGGUACAACAACCGAGUCUUCCAGUUCCACAUCCCCAUAGUCACCCUGCCUCGAGUAGCGGUGGCCACGAAGGAUUAGGAAAAACGAUGGCGGAUAGAUUGCUAGCCGACCGUUACGUCGAUAACAACAGAGCGUUCCGCGAACAAGAGAUACGUUUGCAGGAGCACCGUUUGGUGAUGCAACAGCAACAGGCUGAACAUAGAAUGGCCGUUGCGCAUCACCAUCAGCGUGACAGAGAAAGGGAACGCGAUUUGGUACAUUUGCGAGAGAAGGAAGAGCACAGGUUGCAAAGGGAAAAGGAGUAUCAACAGUUGGAACACCGUUUGGCUGUUCAGCAACAUCAUCAGCGUGAGAAGGAGAUUCAGCAGCAGGAACACCGUUUGGCGCAGCAACGAGAGAAGGACAUACAGCACGUCGAUCAUAGACUCUCGGCACAACAAAGGGAGAAAGAGAUACAACACGCCGAGCAUCGUAUGACAGUUCAUCAGCAAAGGGAGAAGGAGAUUCAUCAGCAGAUGGCAGCGGCUGCAGCUCAGCGAGAGAAGGAACAUCAGGAACAUCGUUUGAAUGUGCAGCAACGAGAGAAGGAAAUACAACAACAGCAAGAGCAAAGGCUCGCGAUGCAGCAACAACGAGAGAAGGAAAUUCAACAGCAACAGCAGCAACACGCGGAACAUCGUCUAGCCAUGCAACAACAAAGAGAACGAGAUUUGGCUCAUCUGCAUCAACAACAGCAACAGCAGCAACAUAUACAACAGCAUAUUCAACAGCAGCAUCGCAUGGAAGCCGAGAGACGACAUAUGGCGCAAUUGUAUCGCGACCAACAGCAACAGCAACAACAACAAUUGGACAGGGAAUCCUCGAGAUUGCUAAGCAGUGGAUUUUCUCAAUCUUCGAGACUUCAACAACCGCAGCAACCGCAGGCCCAACAACAGUCGCAAUCGUCGUCCCGUCAAAAUCAAUCCUCGAAUCAGCAGCAAAACGAAACUUCGUCGACUUUGACAGCAGCUAGCUUGAUAGAUGCCAUUAUAACACAUCAGAUUAAUCAAAGCGUAGAAAACGCUGGAGGUAGUGCAGCAUCGAAUAAUCAACCUACGCGACCAGGCGAUCGACUGUUCCAAGAAUUCCAUCUGGACACGCCGGCAGAACCUAACGGUAUGGUACACAGUCCAGCCGGAGAAGGAAGAGGAAACAGUGGAGCAGGUGGUGGGAGCGGCAAUGGAAGUGGAAACAAGGCUAUUACUCUGGGGGAACACGUCGAUCACAUCGUAACUAAGGAUUACGGACCUCCCCAUUCGUCGUAUAGAUCUUAUACCGGAGUCUCUGUACGGUUUCCCUCGUACGAUAGAUAUCAGAUUUCGGAGGAACAAUGGAAAAGGCGGAAAGGAAACGAAGCGGACUCUGUGAAGGCUGCUGACGACCGACAGAUAAUCCGAGUUGCUCAACAACAGUCGCAGCAGCAACAGCAGCAGCAACAGCAACAACAACAACAACAACAGCAACAGCAGCAACAACAACAACAACAGCAGCAGCAGCAGCAGCAUCAGCAAUCCUCAUCCUCCGUGGGCAAACAACAAUUCCAUUCCGUCGAACCGGUCUCUCCUCCGGAAGCCAACACUAAUCAUUACGGGCGUCGCUUCUACGAAACGAGCACUGCCACCUCGACUUCCGGGACACCCUCAAACAAGCCACAUCUAUCACCACUGGAUUACGUUAAGAAUAAAAUCGUGGAGGUGAUGCGUACGUCCGAAGAUGAUAAAGCUGGAUCGGCAGGAACAGGAGGAGGGGAAAGAAACGGAGGAGGAGGAAGUGGUGCCAGUUCGGGUGGUGCCGUUGGUGCUGCUGGAGGUUCUACCGGUGGUGGAGGUGGUGGUGGUGGUGGUGGUACUGGUGGUAUAGUAGGUGGUACUCCUGGAGGAGUUGUUAACAGCGGCGCUGCUGGUGGUGGUGGUGGUAGUAACAGUGGUAAUAGUGCCAGUGGUAGUGUCGUUACUGGUAAUAACGCUGGUUCUGGUCCUGGUAACUCAUCGGCUGUUGAAAAAGACGAAAAAUCAAGUAUAAACGUCGAUAGUCCUGCUAACAGCGAAAUGAUAGUCGACGAAACACCUAAACAAGCUCAACAACAAUCUGCUAACCAAGCUACCCCAGCUCCACCAGCUCCCACUACUACUUUCUAUCCAUUCAGUGCAUUAGGUGUGCACACAGGACCACCCCCGGCGCCUCCACCUCCCACCUCGGUCUCAGCGGCCGUUUCCAAAUCCGAACAGAUGCAACCGGAACCAGCACCUUUGCUUUCCGCUCAAUACGAGCCACUUUCGGACGAGGAUUGAUAGUCUGUUGAUCCUUUAGUUAAGGGCAAGUCGAAGCGCCAUGACGCGUUUACUAGGAUAUUUCAACAGUGUCGUACGUUUCGACGAGUACGAAUUGGAUAGUAAAACAAGAAACAGGUGUUGAUAAAUGAUAUAUAUAUAUAUACAUAUAUAUAUAUAUAUUAUAUAUUAUAUAUAUACAUACACUGUCGGACGAUAGACGUUACGUCUUUUUCUUCUUAUUUUUUAUUUGUUUCUUUCCUUUUUUUCCUUUUAAAUCUACUUUCAUCUCAAAAUCACGCGUGAUGUCUCAACAACGACUGUCCUUUUUGUUUUCAUUUCUUUCCCUUCUUUCUUUUGAUUUUUAUUUUCAUUUCACGUAGUCCUAUUUUUUCAUUCUUCUUCUUCUUUUUUCUUUUUUUUUUUUUUUAAAUAUAGAUUUCAAAUGUAUACUUUGUAGUGAAAUGACAAACCCAGGGGCGCCUUUUAAAUUGGGGGAAGAAACUUAGGCGUGUCAUUUUUAUAAAUUCUAUUAUGUAAUAUUAUUGUAAUUUUUUUUUCUUUUUUUUUAUUUUUUUUUUUUUUUUUUUUGUUUUAAUUCGAACGUCAUUCCCAAUGCGGUCCACUGGUGCUGCCAGUGUUGCGCUGUUGUUGUUGCUGGUGGUCGCAAAUGCUCAAAAAUAGUGAACGGUUUUUUUUUUUAUACUUGAUUUUUCUCCACUUCUUUUUCUUAACACACCCAUCUCAUCCCUCCCCUCACACCUGUCUUCUCCCACAUGAUUUCGUUCUACGUCUUUGUUAUAUCAAGAAAUAUAUCGUUUGUCGAAAGAUCUCGAUCAAUUUUUAAAGAAAUAAAUAGAUUAAUUUUUUUUUGUC